AUGGAUGUGCCCAGACACGUAGUACCUCAAAAGUCCCACUCCUUGUCCCAUUGCGAUGACGACGAGCCAUAGUAGGAAGCCUGUAUGUUGUAUCGUUCCUCUCGUUUAGUCGCCGUUCUUCGGCGUUCUCCAGUCCACAGCAAGUUCGGCCCUCGAGAAGUCCGAGGUUCAGAAUCGUCACCUUCCACUCGAACAGACGAAGCAACUCCUCGGGCCCCAAUCUGGAUGAAUUGUCCCAAAUGAAAGAGCCCUUUCACCAUGAUAUGACGACUACACAUCCCAGGUUCGAGCUCACCGGUCCACCUCCCAUGUUGAGGCGAGAAUCAGCCACGAGACUCUUCCUGAAACCGGACGCUGUUUUCAAGGCUUACGAGGAAAUGGAAUCUGUAGAGCCUUGUCUUAGACAACAUCGAUCUGCCAUUGCUGCACGCUUACGCUCACAGAAUUCUCUCACUGAGGAAAAGGUAAAAGUUUGUUCUCGACUACAUAUAUACUAUAUUAAUAUAUUUCUUUUCUGUAUAUAUUUUUUUAAAAGUAUUUUAAAAAUGUGCAAAGAAAGUGCGAAAUCGUCAAAUUGUUUUGUCUAAGUGUUAUGACAGCCGAGACGUGACUUCCUGCACGCAACUCUAAAGUCGAAAAGUGCUAUAGGAAGUGGGAACAAGGGAGUAGGGAUCGGGAGAUUGGGAGAGUCUUCCUUGAUAUCAACUUAAUAGUUCUUAGAUUGUCCCUAGGGACAAAUAGUCCUACAACAACCGGGUUUCUAUUUAUCUUGGGUCACGCUAACGCUUCACAAAAGACUGCCGUAUCCUGAGGGAUUGUUCUUUUAUCCCACUCUCGAGGUGGAGUCAAGAGCCUCGGGUCGGUGUUCCUUCCCCCUAGCGUUUCUUUUCUUUCAGGAUGCUGCAAGCCUUAAGCCAGUCGUGUCAUCACAGUUCAAAUCCACCGGUUUCGAACCUGCGCAGUGUUUUUCUUCCCCUCAGGCAGCUGUAAGUUGUACUUGGGCCGCAUCCAGCUCUAGAAUCCAUCGCUCAAGUUCGGUUCAACAAUCUCAGACACUUCUAAAGCCGGACGAGGGCCGACGCCGUUGUUCUUCGGCCAUGGAAGCGAUUCGCAAAGAGGAUCCGGAGAAUAUUUACGACGUUUUCAAACAGGUAAACACUUAGAAUUCACAGUUUCGCUCAAAGUAAAAGUAAUCAUUUAUUUAACUAAAAUCCAUUUUUGUUUAUUUCUUGGGACGACAAUUCUCUCGAGCUGUGUUAAUUUUUUUCUGAUCUUGUGUUUGGUUAAAAUUAAAGUUGCGUGGAAAAACAAAGGUUUUGUUAUCCGGGCUGAGAAAAUUUGAAUCACGAGUCUCUCCGAUUACUGUAAAUAAACAUUUCAGUUGGGUACCGGGAGGUUUGGAUUUGUAAAAUUGGCUCAAAAUAAGAGCACGGGCAAAAGAGUGGCACUCAAAUUCUUCCCGAGAAGCUGCACCAAGCAAGUAAGGCCGUCUUAUUAAAUGAUUACUUUUCGAAAGGCCGACUUCCUCAGAGAAUACAGUUAUUCAAAACAAUUGUCGGCUCAUCCAAAUGUUAUAAACAGCUUCGAUGGAGUCUAUCAUACCACGAAUGAGGAUGCCUUUUAUUUUGUCCAGGAGUUUUGUCCUCAUGCCAGUCUUCGCGAAGCAGUUGAGUGUAGUGUGGGGGGUGAGUAGUGCCAGGAAUACAAAAGACCUCAUCUUUCAGGCAUUGGAGAGGAAAAAACAAAGGUAAUCAUGAUCUCCGUCUUGAAUGCCGUGGAGUACAUGCAUUCGGAAGGCCUGGUUCAUCGGAAUAUAAAGGCCGAGAACAUCUUGAUAUUCGAUGACAGCGACUUCUCUCAAGUCAAGAUCACUGACUUCGGGUUGACCAGGAAGGUCGAGUCAACGGUCAAACAUCUCGAGUACACAAAUCAGUAUCAUGCCCCGGAGUUGUGUGAUACCGUGGUCAAUGAGAUGUGUACUGUGUCAAAGGGUCUGGAUGUAUGGGCAUUGGGUUUGUGAUUAUGAUUUGCUUGUUCUUUACUUUCCGAUGUAAUUUACCUUAUUCUGUUUCAGGAAUUUUAUUUUAUUACUGUCUCAGAGGAAAACAUCCUUGGCAAAAGGCGAGCAUAAUGUGCAAACCUUACUGGGAAUGGGAGCAAUGGAUGAAACACAAGUUGUCACAACUGCCACGAAGGUACGAUGUCUUCACGGAGAAGGGCAUCAAGCUGCAGAAGAGAUGUUUAAAUCCUCGAAUAAAGGACCGCUGGACAGUGAAAGAUAUCAAAAGAUGUAUGGAGAAAGAGAGGCUGAUAAAGCCUCAGAAGAACGUCGGCAAAACCAAUGUAAGCAGUUGCCUCAAAAUUGUAUAAUACUAACAGGGGAAGUACUCCAAGUGCGACGCUCAGAUUUUGAUGAAACUUGGCACAAAUUUAGAACAAUUGUUUCUAAGAUAUAUGCGAGAAUCCUAGCCCGCACGUUGCAGAAACAACCGGGAUUUUUAGAUUGAAAGUCGGUGAAAAUUUAGGACUUUUUGCCGAAUUUCGGCACGAAAAGUUUCAUGCCAAUUUCUACCCCGUAAAGGAUAAUGUUUCUACAAAAAAUAAAAAUUUUCCGCACGAAACUGCCAAAGUUAUGGCCAAAAAGCGUUUUUCUCUCUGACCGCCCUCCACGUUUAGCGUGCUCUCUCGGCGGCAAAAAUCGUUCGAUAUCUCGGCGGCGAGCUAAAACUUUCAGGAAUUGAUAUUUAGUCCAUACCCGAUGUGUGUGCAAAAUUUAAAGAAAAUCUGAGCGUCGCACUUGGAGUACUUCCCCUGUAAACUAUAUCUAUAUUAAUCGUUUUUUCCUGAUGUUUGAAGCUUCAGUCGAUCGACGAUUUUGAUGACGAAGUAGUUGAGCGCCGAACUGGACGCAGUUCGGGAAUUCAUCACUGGAUCUCGAAUACCCUGAGCACAAUGGCUGAGAUAAGUGAACAGGUUGUCUCUGCGCGGAAUGCAUAG